GGCAGCACUGGUUGUGUUGUUGUCUUCAUUAGCCAUACAAUUGAGUCCAUGUUUUGUCCAUUCAUUCACUUCUCGCUGCAAUUGAAGACAUCCGAGGAAGUGGUGAACGUGACAAUCGAUGGUCGGUUCCCAACAAGUGAUGAACACUGACGACAACAUCGAGAACAACAUUUCGGCACUCAAUCAGGCUGAAGUGACGACAAAGAAGUUAUACAAAGAGUGCAAACGACUCAACGAUUGCAUACAAUCAGUGAAUCUGAAUGAUAGCAAAAUGACUACCGAUUUGUCCCCCAAUUCAUCCCUAAAUGAAGACAACUCUGUCGUCAAAAUGAUGAGAGUUUCCCAACAAAUGCCCGCCUAUUAUGAGGCUGAGGCACGACUGGCCGCCCGACGCGAGGCCCGCACUAAAGCUCGAGAGAUACGACUCAAAGAGUUGGAGAAACAACAAAACGAGAUCAACGAAACCAGUGAUCGACACUACGAACUCUUCGGCAAUCCUAUCACCAGUUCUGCCACCAAAACACCCGUCACUGCCAGA